AUGAUAUUUGGCUCGACUAUAAUUAUAACAAAGUUAUUUAGAUUUUGGAUGUCUAGAACAGACUUAAUUUUGAUAUUAAAAGAAUUUGAUGAUUUAUGGGAAAUAAAUGUCAGAAAACGAUUGGAUUUGAAAGAUAAAGUUAAUAAAAUAAUUAAUGCAUCUAAACCUAUUCGUUAUUGUUAUUUUAUUGCUGGUGGAUCGCUAAUCACAAGCUACGGAGUGCGUCCUUACUUUCUAAUGUUACGUUACUUUUUAAAACAAUCUGAAAACAAGACAAUAGAUCUAACAGAAACGGUUUAUCCAAUAAUUUACCCGAUACCAUCAGGAACAUGGCCAGGUUGGCUCUCAUGCGUGACAUACGAACAAGGAAUAAUUUUUUUUGGAAUAAUUUAUUGGAUUGCUUGUGACACACUAUUUAUUCUACUUACUUCUCACAUUUGCAUCCACUUUAUGAUUAUAUCCAACGACUUAAACAAUUUACACGUUAAUUACCUCAAAAAAAACAACGAGAGCUUUGAAUUGAUAAGAGAUCUAUCACGACGACAUCAGGAAAUGUUUGUAUUAUGUCAAAAAAUUGAAACUCUGUAUAGUCCAAUUGUCUUACUAACUGUAUUAUUCAAUGGCGUCGAUUUAUGUUUUUGUAUUUUUACACUAGACAAAGAACUGUCAGGAGGCCAUUGGGUGACAGUUGCAAGAAGUGUAACACAUGCAUUGACAUUAUUUAUUCAAAUUCUUAUUUACUGUGAAUUUUCUCAUGUCGCUACACAAGAAAUCAAUAGGGUAAGAGAAGCAAUUUAUAAUUCUUCAUGGACUUAUUUUGAUAAUAAAAUAAAGAAAAUGUUAUUAAUAAUAAUGAUGCGUGCUAGUAAAGAAUAUAAAUUUUCAACAUACGGUAUAUUAAUCCUCAACCGUGAACAAUUUACAAAUAUUGUUAAAACAACGAUGAGUUAUUUUACAAUGUUAAGAAGUUUUUCAUAA